UAUUAUACAAAGUGGAAGGUUUAAUGAUUUCAUUGACUUGAAAUUGCCAAAUGUCAUUAUCUUGCAGCCAUAACUUUUUAUUGUACGUCUUGGAUUAAUAUUUCAUUAUCAAAUGUCAGGUCUUUUGUGACAUUUUUAAUACUCUGAAGAACUUAAUACUUUGCAGAACUAGCACUGCAAUUAUAAAGGCUUCACUGGACGACUCACAUAGCAAGGGUUUCAAGUCUUGGACAGAAAAGGACUUGGCUACAGAUUAGUUUUAAGAGCUUGAGGCAUCUCAUACUGAACUAGGAACAUCUAUAAAACAGCUUUUUAUUUGGGGAAAUGAAAAAAAAUCAGGCAGCAAGCAUUUUCUCCAUAUGUUAACAUUGCUUUAUAUCCUUUGCCAACACAGACUGAUUCAAAGGAUCUCUUUCUUCUUUCUCUUUCUUUUGUAUAUAUCCUUACAGCCUGCUUCACCAGCUUCAUCCAAAAAGAAUACAAGCAAGGAGCUUAGGGCUCAAAGACUAACAGAAAAAGCUCGUGACCUGAUGAAAGAGGCGAAGGGGAAUCACUCCGAGAAUCUCUCACAGAUGGGAAUCCAGGUCAUCAUGAGAGAGCGGGAACUUGGAGGGAAGCAGCGAGUAGUAGCAGAUGGAUUUGCCAGGCACUUGGAGUGUUUGGUAUUGACAGAGCUGAUAAAGUUGGCGUCCGAAGAGAACAAUGGCUACAAAGGAGGGAACCCCCACACACAGUCAGAGAGGUUCUUUGGAGUCACGUUGGGCAGGACCGGAAUGAUGGUUCAUGCAAAACUGAUUGGCACAGAAUUAUUGGAACUCAUUUUGGAUGUCACAGACCAUUUGCGGGAUUAUAUUCAAGAGUACUUCAAACUGGAGAAGCAUUUGUAUUUUUCUUUCACACAUCUUGUUUGUCGAACAGCAAAGCCAGAUAAGUCAGCAAAUAGGUCAGCAUCUGAUUUAAGCCAUGAAGUCCAUGCUGAUAACUGCAUUUUGCAAGAGUCGGGCAGAUGUCUGAAAAUACCACCUGCAUACACUUUCCGGGAUUACAGUGCAAUUCUAUACCUCAACGAGGACUUCAAAGGAGGGGAGUUCAUUUUUACCAAGGAUCGUACAGGGGCGUCAUAUGAGGGGAUGGUACAGCCAAAGUGUGGAAGGAUGGUAGCCUUCUCAGCAGGUCCAGAAAAUUUGCAUGGUGUCUUACCAGUUUUGGAAGGAAGUCGAUGUGCCAUUGGGAUGUGGUUCACUCAUAAUGAAAAGCACAAAGAAAUUGAACGAUCAUUAGCUGAACUGCUGCUCAAGAAGUUGGAAUGAUUCGUGGAAGGCUUACCUGUUUCUGGAAACCGAAUUAUGCUCUUCUUAUGUGCCUGAAUGUUGGAAUUGUAUGCUCAGGAUCAAUGGAUUUAACAUUAACUAAUGUACUUGCUAAAACCCAGGCAUUCAAGUGUCAGCUGUAGGGAAUAUUAAACAAGUAAAUAAUGUGCCGAAGUUUCGAGUUUUCUGUACAGCCACUGCAGCAUAAAUCAAGGCCACGGAAAAUAUAUCUAUCUUUUGGUGGUCUCGAUAUAAUGCUGUAUGAGCCACGGCCCAUGAAACUUUGACCACGACCCUGUGGUGGCCAGUCUUAUAUCGUUCCCUGAAGAACAAUUAUGGCUAGCUUUAACCUUAAAUGAAAUAAGAACCACUGAGUCUAGAGGGCUGCAAUUUGGUAUGUUUGAUGAUUGGAUGGUUGAUGAUCAACAUAGCAAUUUGCAGCCCUCUAGCCUCAGUAGUUUUUGAGAUCUAAGGGCGGACAUAAAAAGUGCGGAUAGAAAAAAAGUGCGGAUGGACAGCCAAAACCGGUGUAACAGUUUUCUUUUAAAGAAAACUGAUGAAAAUGGUGAAACUUGGAUUAUCUAGUCACUACAGCUAACACAGUACAGUCAGCGUUGUUUUUUAUGUAAUUCAAACUUUGAAAUCUAGUCAAAUUUAGACAUUAACGUAACACUAUUUCUUAAAUUCCUAAAAGUCUAUCAAAGAUAUAGAAAAAGUCAUCCUUCAAACUUUGCCAAUGAAGUGUAUAGCACAGAAAGUAACAUGGAAGAAGUGGUUGUUAUCAAGCUAGCAAUAUGACAUACAGAAAACUGAAUUGCCAGACAAGGGACAUUUUUUGUAUCUUUUGUUAUUCCUAGACCAUUUAAUUUUCGUUCACACAGUUUAUCUGAUGUUUAUCCUGCCAUUCCUCGAUGGGAAAGUGUAUGAAAAUGUUAUAUUUUAUUAUUAAUGAUAUAGUAGUAGGCAUAUAUUUUGUUAUUGUCCACGUGUGUGUAGUACUAAAUCUAUGGGUUUAUUCAGCUGGCACUGGAGAUGUUCAGAAUUGUGCGGCAUGUUUUGAAACCUUUGUAUAAAUAAAAUAAAAUUUCUGUUUUCUUAA